AUGCUACGUAGCAUAACACAUUGUCUCCUUGCAUUUGCAUUAUACUCGAUAUCCCGCGCACAGUUGAUCCUCGUUGAAGAUACGAGCAAUACUCUCAGAUAUUCCAACUCUGGUCCUAGUUGGCAUGCAUGGGAAAUCAGAACGGGCGGGGGAGACCGCGUCGCUCAAGUCGCAAAUGCAAACGGAGCAUUUCAUGGCUACAACUGGCAUGAAGCCUAUGGAGAUGGUGCUUCCAUCUCGUUUACAUUUACUGGCACCCGCGUCGUCUUGACCGGAGCAAGUGCGAUGGCUUUCUACAACACCCGCAUUCGUGCUUAUGUAGAUGACGAGUUGAAGUCGACCUACACAAACGUAGUUUCGACUGUUGAAGACGCCGUGCUACCAUCUCCGGAGGGACGCAGCGUCGACAACUAUCACUUUGGAACCACUAUGUUCGACAUUAGCGGCCUAUCUCCUGGGCAGCAUACUUUCAGAGCUGUCUCAUUUGGAGCCAAUUCAUUGUUUAUUGUGGAUACAGUCCAGUACGAGCCCAGUGGCAUCGCAUCCCCAGCAAGCUCUGCGUUCAGUUCAUCUACUUCUGUCGGCCAAUCCAACUCUCCUGUGACAAGUAAGAGUACAAACGCACAGUUUCAUCUGACCACAAUGCCUCUGUCAACUCUUUCACCCUCAUCCUCCUCGUCUUCGCCAUUACCGUUGUCUUCACCAUCACCGCAAAGUUCGCUAUCCACCGAGGCGGUGACCUCUUUAAUGGACAUCAGGCCAUCCGACCCGCGUAUUUUAUAUUCUCCUCCCGGUGCAUGGAACCUGAACACGGACAAGAAACGAACCGAAUCUUGUCUGAGUGGAACAAUCGCAUCCGCCAUGCCUGGCUCCUCGCUCUCGCUCAAUUUUACUGGGACCGCACUCCAAUUGUAUACACUGUCCUCGGACGUUCAAGGACGAUAUAAUGUGACGUUGGACGGCCAACACAUGGGGUCCUUUGAUACCUACACCAGCCAUGCUGAGCUAUCGCAAUGCAGCCUUUCGGCACAGUUCAUCGUCCAGGGUCUGAAUAGCUCGCAGCACUCGCUGGUGAUGACGGUAGAGGCACCAUCUGAUGGCUCCAAUCGUACCGCUAUCCAGUUUGUAGGAUUCCGGCAAGUCUUUGGUAUGCUCAAAUGGCCAAUGCUAAUUGUCUCUAGUCUUUCCUCUGCGCCUCUGCCACAUUCAAUCGGAGCCUCGCAACAGACAUCCAAACCUCCGACAGCGACAAUCGUAGGGGGUGUUAUUGGUGCCAUUGCAAUUCUCGCCAUUGUCUUGUGCGCAUAUUAUUUCAUCCCAAAGCGAGAAGACAAUGUCUAUGACGACGAGGAGGGUGACGAUGGGGUUACAACGAAUAAUUUCGAAACCACCACCGCUAUUUUGCCCUUCACCUCGAAUGGGAAACGACGCUUCAACGUUGUCCCACCCUCGACGCCUGCUUUGUCGAGUGGUACAGACGGCUGGGCGCACUGGUACACCAUUUCAUCCGGACCAUCUCAGAUGUCGCAAGAUAGGGUGACCUCGGCGACACCUAUGGAUCAAUCAGAAAUCCCCUCCCGUCACUGA